AUGUUGAGCGAUAAGCAAAAUGCUUUUCUUGAUAAAGAACAUCGAGACUUUUUGAAGCAACAUAAGUUUAUUCUCGAUAAGGCUAGUAAUAUCAUCGAAGAAACCACUAAAGAAUAUUUACUCGAAUUACUUUAUGAAGUUAAAUUAGCAAAUAUUAAAUUUAAGAACGAUUAUUCAUUUGAUUUACAUAUUU